AUGGGAAAUAAUUGCGAAUGCUCUGGAGCUCGAGAGCAGUUCUAUGAUAAGAGUCAAAAAGGGAAGGAACUCUAUGGCAGAGUCUCAAAGUCAGCUAAAAAGAAGUACAGUUAUGCCAGACUUAAGCUUAAGGGAUAUAAAUUCAACAAUAAUCAAGAUGAUAGCGAAACCCAAAAGAUUACUCAAAUGGAGAACAAUAUUGCCUUAGUCAGUGUAGCUCUAGAUGAUUUCGAAUAAAGACUAACUGACUUUUACAUCAAGGAAAAGACUAAUAAGAUGACUAUUCCUCAAGUGGUAGAGUGCUUUAAGAGCAAUCAAUUUUUGGAUGAUAUUAUAGAUGAAACUACCUUUAGUCGUAAGAUACUUACUCACAAAGUGCUUAGCAACACGAAAAACACCAUUUACCUUCCUUAUCUAAGACUAUUAGGUAUUCUGAUAUGCGCCUCCACUCCUAAGAUGAAAGCUGAGGCUUUCUAUAAAAUACUGCAGCCAGAAGACCUAGAUUCAAGAGAUUAACCAAAUAAGACCACUGAUAUCUUGAAGAGUGAGGUUCUAAUCCCUGAGUACUUUGAAAAAAUGCUCGAAAUCUCCUACGUCCUAAUGAUUGACAUCUAUUCUCACAUGGAUGGUGGUGAAGACAAGACUAGCUGGAUAAUAGAUGAACUCGAAGACAUAUACAAAGAAGUGUACGAUGUGUUUUUAAAGGAUGUAUUCGGUAAUGACUAAGAUAGAUUGUCCCAAGAGGUCUUUUGCUAACUUUUUGAAAAAGACCUAUCAAGGUAUCUCAUGCCCAUAGAGCUUAGAAGAAUGGUCUUCAGCUAGGUAGUUGAGAUUGUGUUCUCCAAAGUCACUCCCACGAAGGAUAGAUCAUGA